UUCAGCUCCGAAGAAGAAAAAAAUUCAGAGAAAUAAAAAAGAGAGCGAGAGCGAGGCAUAUCAGAUUUGAAAUUCUCGCGAAUCUGAGAUUCUCUUCGUCGGAGAUUCGGUGGAACGAUGAUCGGACAACUGGUGGAUCUGUUCACCGGCGGCGAUGAUGCCGGCGCCGGAACGAAGGUGAAGGGGAUGGUGGUUCUGAUGAAGAAGAACGUUCUCGAUUUCAACGAUUUCAACGCUUCGUUUUUGGAUCAUCUCCAUGAAUUUCUCGGGAACAAAGUCACUCUUCGACUCAUCAGCUCAGAUGUUGCAGAUUCAGAAAACGGGUCGAAAGGUAAACUCGGGAAACCUGCUCACUUGGAGGACUGGAUCACCACGGUCACUCCGCUAACGGUCGGCGAAUCUGCGUUCAAAGUCACCUUCGAUUGCGAAAACGGAUUCGGAUUCCCUGGAGCUUUCACGAUCAGAAACAACCAUUUCAGCGAGUUUUAUCUCAAGAGCCUCACCCUCGAAGACGUCCCUGGCCAUGGCACAGUCCAUUUCGUCUGCAACUCCUGGGUUUACCCAGCUAAGAACUACAAGAAAGACCGAGUUUUCUUCUGCAACAAGACAUAUCUUCCGAGCCAGACGCCAGAGCCUCUUCUCACCUACAGAGAAGAAGAGCUGGUUGCCCUAAGAGGAACUGGCGAAGGAGAGCUCAAGGAAUGGGACAGAGUAUAUGAUUACGCUUAUUACAAUGACCUCGGUGUCCCUCCCAAGAAUCCUCGACCUGUUCUUGGAGGAUCGGAGGAGUAUCCAUACCCGAGAAGGGGACGAACUGGGAGGAAACCAACUAAAGAAGAUCCUAACACUGAGAGCAAGUUGCCGAUCACAUCGAGCCUAAAUGUCUACGUUCCACGAGACGAGAGAUUUGGGCACUUGAAGAUGUCCGACUUUCUGGCAUUCAACCUGAAAGCUAUCGUACAGAUCAUCCAGCCUGCGCUUGAGGCUGUGUUUGACGAGACUCCAAAGGAGUUUGAUUCUUUCGAAGAUGUUCUUGAGAUCUACGAAAAAGGAAUCGAUCUGCCAAAUCAGUCGUUUUUUGAUGAAAUCAGGAACAAUAUACCAUUCGAGCUUCUAAGAGAGAUCUUCAGAACCGACGGUGCAAAAUUUCUCAAGUAUCCAAAGCCUCAGAUCAUCAAAGAGGACAAGACUGCGUGGAGAACUGAUGAAGAAUUCACCAGAGAAAUGCUUGCUGGGCUAAACCCUGUCGUGAUCCGCCUUCUCGAAGAAUUUCCUCCGAAGAGCAAGCUUGACAUCGGAAAGUACGGUAACCAGAACAGUACCAUCGCCAAAACCCACAUAGAGCACAAUCUCGACGGGCUUAACGUGGAAGAGGCACUGCAAAAGGAAAGAUUGUUCAUACUAGACCACCACGACACGUUAAUGCCAUACCUGAGAAGAGUAAAUGGUACUACGACAAAGACAUACGCGAGUAGGACGCUUCUGUUCUUGAAAGAAGAUGGAACAUUGAAGCCAUUGGCGAUAGAGCUGAGCUUGCCUCAUCCCGAUGGCGACGAAUAUGGAGCUGUGAGUGAGGUUUAUACACCAGCUAGUGGUGAAGGAGUAGACGACUCUUUGUGGCAAUUGGCAAAGGCUUAUGCUGCUGUUAACGACUCCGGUAACCAUCAGCUUAUCAGCCACUGGUUGAACACACACGCAGCUAUAGAGCCGUUUGUGAUCGCUACGAACCGGCAACUAAGCGCUCUUCACCCGGUUUACAAGCUUCUCGACCCACAUUACCGCGACACAAUGAACAUCAACGCGUUUGCAAGGCAGAUUCUCAUCAAUGGCGGUGGAAUCCUCGAGAACACAGUCUACCCCGCAAAAUACGCCAUGGAAAUGUCAUCUUUCAUUUAUAAACACUACUGGACAUUCCCCGACCAGGCCUUACCAGCCGAUCUCAAAAAGAGAGGAAUGGCGGUUGAGGAUCCGGAAGCUCCAAAUGGCUUACGUCUUAGGAUCAAAGACUAUCCUUACGCGGUAGACGGGCUUGAGAUCUGGUCGGCUAUCGAGUCGUGGGUUCGAGACUACAUCUCAUUCUACUACAAGACCAACGAGGAUGUCCUGAAUGACACUGAGCUCCAAUCCUGGUGGAAGGAGGUUCGAGAAGAAGGUCACGGUGACAAAAAAUCCGAACCUUGGUGGCCGAAGAUGCAAACCUGCGAAGAACUCAUAGACUCUUGCACUAUAAUCAUAUGGAUUGCCUCUGCUCUCCACGCAGCCGUGAAUUUCGGGCAGUACCCUAUUGCAGGGUACCUCCCGAACCGUCCGACUGUCAGUAGAAGGUUCAUGCCUCGGAAGGGAAGUAAAGAAUUCGAAGAACUCGAGAAGAACCCAGAAAAAGUGUUCUUGAGGACUAUCACCGCUCAGAUUCAGACACUUCUCGGGGUUUCGAUUAUCGAGGUCCUGUCGAGGCAUUCGACUGAUGAGGUUUACUUGGGGCAGAGAGAUUCUAAGGAAUGGACGGCGGAAAACGAGGCGUUGGAAGCGUUUUCGAGGUUCGGGGAGAGAUUGGUCGAGAUCGAGAAGAAGAUCGUCGAGAGAAACGAAGACGUUUCGCUUAAGAACAGGAACGGUCCGGUGAAAAUGCCGUACACUUUGCUGUUUCCGACCAGUGAAGGUGGAAUUACUGGUAAGGGGAUUCCUAACAGUGUCUCCAUCUAAUAAAAUCUCAGCCGUCGGAUCUUCUCUUCGUGUGUGUUUUGUUCUUCUCGUCGGUUCUUUUCUUCAUUUGUUGUUAAGUGUGUUCGUAUUGUAGGUUACGUGUUCCGCAAGUUAGGUGUUUCAUUGUUGGUAUAACCGGUGGUUUGUUUGACCGAUCGGACCGGUUCACGGUGUUGGUUGGUCCGUAUCGGUAUGGUUUAAUAAAAACUCUAAAAAUGUUAUCAUA